AUGAAGUUAAGCGAUUCACUCGUUAAUAUGAUUGGCGAUUUCGCCAACAUGAACCGCAGGCCUCAGUUUAAACCGAAAUCAGACAGUUCGAGCCGGCGCAGCUCGACGUUGGAUCGAACUCCCAUUGACCACAAAACAGCCCGAAAUCCUUUUGCGCGGCGUCAUUCGCUCAAUUUGUCAGUUGGAGUUUCACUGCAUCGCGGCACUGAAACUGCCAACCUUCAUGGAUCAGACCAUGCUAUGGUUCGAGUCAAGAUCAGCAUAAAACUGACAACUUGCAAGAAACAGUAUAUUCCGAGAUCUUUCAACUAUUUCAAACUAAAAGAUUCGGGGAAAGGAACUAUGGCCUUAUUCCGUCGUCUUCAUAAAGCAACCAUAACCUGGGAAACGGUCAAUGAAAUGAACUGGGAUAACAAUGAUGUGGCUGUUAAAGAUGAACUACCACCAAUUAAUGUACAUCGACGUUUUCCUCGACGACAGUCAUUGGCUUGUACAUCUAGUUCAGAUGAUGAUGACCCUAAUGAUAUCGAUCCGUUAUCCGAUGCCUCAAAAACAAGUCAUGAGGGAAAGCAAAGUCGGCGCCAGUCAGAGCCAGUCCUUCAUCAAUAUAAUAUAUUCCACAAAAAGCUGGCUCAUUUAAGAGACUUGUCCAAAUUAAACAGUGUGGAUGUUGAAGAAGAUGAAGCAGAAAUCGCGGAAAAAUCUAGGCGAAGUUCAGCCGCAAAUGAAUGUUCAGCUAUUAAGAAAGAAAAUAUGAUGCCGAAAGUAGCUCAUAGAAAUGUGUCAAGUUCAACAUAUAUGAGAUGUCCUCUUCAGCAUCGUGCAUCAGUGAUUUAUAUCGAUGAUAAUGAUUAUGAGGCUCCAGAAAGCGACAUUUCUGAGGUUACUGAGGAUAUUUCUAAAACAGCUGGGGAUAAUGUUGAAAUCGACAAGUACAUUUCUGGUACCAUGAAUUUUGAUACUACUGAAACUUCUAAGAUUGUUAAGAACAUUUCAGGGGCUGUUAAGGAUGCCUCUGGUAGCACUGCUAAAGAUAAAACUAAAAAUAUAGCUACCAAGCCUGAUACUAGUGCUGAUAUUGAUACUUACGAGAUCACUGAGGAUAUUUCUAAGCCUUUAAAGGAUUCCAAGGACACUGUCAAAGAAAAAGUGAAAGAAAAAACCUAUGUUGCCAAGCUGAAGAUUGCUGAAAAAAUUAAUACUUCUCCAAUUGUCGAGGAUAUUUCCAAAACUACCGAGCGCGAUUCUUUUGUCUCUGACUCUGAGGACACUGUUAAAGAUAAAGCCAAAAGCACAGCUAAAGCUAAAGGUAUCGACUCUGGGAAUAUUAAAGAUAUUAAGAUUGCUGAGAAUAUUUCUGAAGCAAUCAAAGACGCUUCUAAAAGCACUGAAAGUAUUGAAGAUGCAAACAGUGUCGAAAACGAAAUUUCUAGUGAAGAAACUGAGUCUAAUGAUACUCCUAAAAAGGAUACAACUGAUGCGAGCAUUUCAGUUAUUACGGAAGAUAUAUCUAAUACUGUCAAAGAUGUUCUUAAUGUUAUUAAAGAUUCCAUGAAUAUGACUACUGAAAUUUCUUCAGUUGUUAGGAAUACAAAGAAUUUCGCUAAAAAUAUUUCAGAAAUUGCCAAUAUUGCUAAGCAUGAUAAGCAAGAUAUUGAGGCUAUAGAUGGCGACCAAACAAGGGAGAGGUCUAAUGAUAGCUUGAAAGAUUUCCAAAUACAUUUAUAA